AUGCUGGCACGGGUUUUGUUUGUCCUUGUUGGGCUGCUGGCAGCGCUGACAAUGACCAGUCCAGUCUCUACAGUUUCGACUUCCGCAGUCACUACAUCAACAGCUGGUGAUAAACUCGUGUUUUGUCACUUCAUGAUCGGUAUCACCAGCAACCGUCAAAACUCCAGCGACUAUGACGAUGACAUGCAGCGUGCCAAAGCCUUCGGCAUAGACGCUUUCGCUUUAAACAUCGGUACAGAUUCGUACACUGAUACCCAGCUCCAAUAUGCCUACACAUCUGCCGCCAAGAAUGGAAUGAAGGUGUUCAUCUCCUUUGACUUCAACUGGUGGAGCACGGGACAAGGUAGCGCCAUCGGUGCCAAAAUCAAACAGUACGCCAGCUACUCCUCUCAGCUCAAAGUAGAUGGCAAGGUCUUUGUCUCGUCGUUCUCUGGCGAUGGCCUGGAUGUCGCUGCCAUGACUGCUGCAGCAGGUCAGAGCCUCUUCUUUGCACCUAACUUCCACCCCGGAGAGGGCAACUUCGAUGAUGCGCAAAGUGCACUCAAUUGGAUGGCUUGGCCAAGUAAUGGAGACAACAAGGCUCCUACGGUUAAGAACCUUGUUACAGUACCUGAUACUGAUAAGGCUUAUAUCGAUGCUUUGGGUGGGAAGCCCUACAUCGCGCCGGUCUCGGCAUGGUUUUUUACCCAUUUCGGAAGUGAGGUGUCCUACAGCAAGAACUGGGUCUUCCCCUCUGACUUGCUCUGGUAUCGGCGCUGGCGCGAGAUCCUGGCUCUCAAACCUCGCUUUGUGGAAAUCAUCACCUGGAAUGACUAUGGAGAGUCGCAUUACAUUGGACCGCUGUCAUCGCCUCACACCGACGAUGGGUCAUCCAAGUGGGUGAUGGAUAUGCCUCAUGACGGCUGGCUAGAGAUGGCCAAGCCAUUUAUCGCCGCUUACAAGGCCGGAAGCACAGUUGCACUUCCCUACAUCGAAGAAGAGAAGCUGGUCUACUGGUACCGACCCACACCCCGGGAUGUCAACUGCGACGCGACCGACACAACAAUGACCAGCAGCGCCAAUAACGCCAGCGGCAAUUUCUUCAGUGGUAAGCCUGACGGGUGGGAAACCAUGAAAGACGAGGUAUUCGUCGUUGCGCUGCUCAAAUCACCCGCAGAAGUACACGUACAAUCAGGCAACAAGACACGGUUGUUCCGGGCACCGGCGGGGAUCAGUUCAUGGUCUGCGCCCAUGGGGGUGGGUCAGCAGAAGUUCGCGAUAACGCGGAGAGGAAAGACGGUGUUGUCGGGGACUAGCCUGAAGGACAUUGUUGAUCAUUGUAUCUGCGGGAUCUACAAUUUCAAUGCCUAUGUGGGGACUCUCCCGGCCCCAUCCACGAUUGACCGUCUCCAGCCGGCUGGACUGGCUUUGUUGUCACAGGGGCUGAAGGUGGCAUGUCCGACGAAUACCCUGGGGGCCAGUAGUGCGUCUUCAACCGGUGGGAUGAGCACUAGUACUAGCACUUGCACUAGCACUUAG